CAAUCAACUAGCAGGGAUCCGCAGAACAUUUAGUCAAGCUCAAGACGGACAAAAGCCAACCAAAACAAGAAAAAGACAGGAAAAAAUAGAAACAAGAAACAGAAAAUUUAUACCAACCAAUUGAUAUACUGGAUAGACAAUAGCAAAGGAUCAGAAAAUAUUGAAGAAAAGAAGACCAAAGAAGGAACAACGAUUAUUGUUAAAAGCUGUAUAUAAAGUUCGCAGCAGAACACUCCUCAGGAAUCGCGGCAACAGUUCAACUUUAAACAUGAACGCUCUGGCCUUCCCUACUGUAGUCUAUGCCCUUGUCAGUCUGGUACAGUGUAUUCCGUUCAAGGGAUCCCAUGAACUGACGUUACGGCCAGGUAGAAAUCUCAUAGGGAAAGAGUUAGACUGCAUCCAGAUGUCCAAUGACGAGGGUGACUUUUGGUAUAGAUCUACGGGAGACGAAGAAGGCACCUGUGGUUUCUAUAUCGUAGGACAUCACGACGAGCUGGUGGAAGUAGAGUUCACGGCCAUCGACGUAGACUGCAAACAAAAUGGCGCUGUCAGUGUCAUUGACGGCUGGGAGCUGAAUGGGGAAUAUUUCCCAGGGGUGCAAGACCACGCCUUGCCGCUAGUUCAAAGAGUCCAUCAGUUCUGUGGAAAAGAAGCCAAGCUCGCCUCCUACAAGACUUUCCGUUCUUCGCAGAAUGUGGCUCUUAUUUUAUAUCAAAUCCCUAGGAAAGGACAGGGAUUCCAAGUGACCGUUCGCUUUGUCAGAAACCACCAACCAUGCAACGUGCUGUCUAUGUUUGACACCGGAGUAUACACGCUGUACAACUAUGGCAGGCGAAUUAACUGCACCUUCUCCAUCAUCUACCCGGAGGCUGUCCAGAUCCUCUCUCUGAACGUGGGGAACGCAGGGAGAACUUUUGGAGAAACCGGUCUCAUCACCAAGUGUGCCGAACGCGGGAGUGAAGACUACGUGGAAUUCCGUGACGGUGUUGGACUGUCUCCCAUGAAAAUGAACGCCGUAAUGAAUGUAUGUGGGCUUCAUCCAAUGCCAGAGGCCGACAAAAUUCCGCUCCCAUGUCAGAAUUCUGUAGUUCGUCUCGUCUCCAGCGGCGAAUACCAGAAUUCGGUGACCUUCUCGUACCGUAAGCUGAAGCCAUUUGAAGGCCAGUGUCUCUAAUCCUGCUCUCAGGGAAUACGUCACCACAUUGCCACAGCUACACGUAAUCACGCAGCCGAAGAUUCUGUCCUUUGAAACUUGAAGCAUUCCACUUUCCUUUGAAAUCGACCCAAAGGGUUCGGCUUAAAACUGGACUACCAUGUAGCCGUCAGAUGAAGGGUUCAGCUGAUUUAUAAGUUAAGACAUUUUACGAGACAGCCAAGGUCUGAAGCCAUCGAAUGAUUUCAUUCACAAAAAUCACACUUCACAAAUUUUGGUUUUGUCCGUGUUGGACUAUUUACCAAGAGAAUAAGACGGUAUCACAACUGCUGUUUAUUAAUAGGCGUGGACCAUCUGACAGACGAUGAAAAUAAACUGAUGGAUUUCAACCGCUACAGUUUAAUUCAUAACCUAAUGUAAAUAACAAUUUUGUCUAUGUCCGAAACUAAAAUGUUACAAAAGAAACCUUUACUUUGGUGAAAAUUCGGUCUGCCUCGGAUGAGUAAAAUAAAUCCACGGCAAAUCCCAAGACCUUUUAAGUAGAGGUGGGAUGUCGUGGCUAUCGAUAUUACUUGAACCCCGAUUUCUCUAGCUAUUCAAAAUCUUUUCCCUGUAUCAGGACAAUAUCUAUUUAACAAUUUCCACUCAAAAUGAUUGGAAGUUACCCCAUUUACUGGAUCAAUUUUACUUCCUUUCGAUGCCAAAACCAUCGGUGGGAGAUCUGAUAUGAAGAAUUCACAAUAAGCAAAAUUAAAUCGACAAGUUGGUUUACUAGCGCGACAGAAAUUAAUUUUUAUUUUCAAAUGGAAAAAUUGCAUUGCUUAUUGGUUUGCUGAAAGAGAACAAUUUUACAAAAGGCCCCAGGAAAACCAGGGAGCAAAGUGUACGGUUUUAAAAACGUUAAGUACAUAGACCACUUCUUUUCGAA